AUGAAUUCGGCUCUGCCUUCAAUUCAACUGUCGGUUGAUUACCAACAGUUGUCCUCACAGAUUCAUGAUUUUUUAACUCAUUACAAAGAAGAUGUCGUUGGUGGUGCCAGAAUUGAUGAAGAUGAUGAUAUGCAAGAAUAUGAUAAUAAUGAUGGUAUCGGAAAGGGUCCAAAGUAUUUACAAAUCCUUCAGAAAGUUGCCAAUAGAGAAUUAGACACUGUACACAUUGAAUUGGAUGAUAUCUAUAGGUAUCAAGGUGAGAAAUUUCUCGAAGGUGGUGGUGAUAUAGAUCUAGUAGCUGUUAUCGAAGAAAAUACCCGUCAUUUCGUCGACCUGUUUAGUCGUGCCAUUGACGAUAUUAUGCCGUUGCCAACGAAGGAAAUCAGUUACAAAGAUGAUGUUUUGGACGUUAUUUUGACUCAGAGAAGGCUAAGAAAUGAAAGAACAGUUUCCGAUAGAACAAAUGAGAUUAGAAAUGAAAAUUCGAUGGACCCCAAUGCUGCUCCAAAUUCUAUGAAUGCGGCAUUGAGAGAAGUAGUUGAAGAGGAAGCUGAGUUGUUUCCACCAAAUUUAACAAGACGUUAUUUCCUAUAUUUCAGACCUCUGUCGCCACAUUUUGCCAAAACUAAGAAGGAGAAGAAUCCCAGUAGGACUGCGAUGUCUGUUAGAGAGGUUAAAGGUGAUUAUUUAGGUCGUUUAAUCACCGUAAGAGGAAUUGUUACUAGAGUUAGCGAUGUGAAACCAGCGGUUAUGGUUGUUGCAUACACUUGCGAUCAAUGUGGUUAUGAAGUUUUCCAAGAAGUUCAUUCAAGAACGUUUACACCACUUGUAGAAUGUACUUCCAAGGAAUGUACCCAGAAUCAAACUAAGGGCCAGUUGUUUAUGAGUACUAGGGCAUCGAAAUUUAGUGCUUUCCAGGAUUGUAGAAUUCAAGAAUUGUCACAACAAGUACCGGUUGGACAUAUCCCACGUUCUUUAGCGGUUCACGUCAAUGGUGCUUUAGUGAGGACAUUAUCCCCUGGUGAUGUGGUAGAUGUUACUGGUAUAUUUCUACCAUCACCCUACACCGGUUUCAAAGCAUUGAAGGCAGGUCUUCUUACAGAGACUUAUUUAGAGGGGCAAUACGUUCAUCAACACAAAAAAAAGUUUGCUACUUUCCAGGUUACUCCAGAAGUUAGAAAUCAAGUUGCUGAGAUGAUCUCUCAGGGGAACAUAUAUGAAAGGUUGGCCAAAUCGAUUGCACCAGAAAUUUAUGGAAAUUUGGACGUCAAAAAGACCUUAUUGCUUUUACUUGUAGGUGGUGUAGAUAAAAGAGUUGGAGAUGGUAUGAAAAUUAGAGGUGAUAUCAACGUCUGUCUGAUGGGUGAUCCUGGUGUUGCUAAAUCUCAAUUGUUAAAAUCCAUCAUAAAGAUUUCACCUAGAGGUGUUUAUACCACGGGUAAAGGUUCUUCAGGUGUUGGUUUAACUGCAGCAGUUAUGAAGGAUCCAGUUACCGAUGAAAUGGUUCUUGAAGGUGGUGCUCUAGUGCUUGCUGACAACGGUAUUUGUUGUAUUGAUGAAUUCGAUAAAAUGGAUGAAGGUGAUCGUACCGUCAUUCACGAAGUCAUGGAGCAACAAACUAUAUCUAUCUCUAAAGCCGGUAUCAACACGACUUUAAAUGCCAGAACAUCGAUUUUAGCCGCUGCCAAUCCCCUGUACGGUAGAUAUAAUCCAAGAUUAUCACCUUUAGAAAAUAUCAAUUUGCCAGCGGCACUAUUGUCAAGAUUUGAUAUUUUAUUCUUAUUACUAGAUAUGCCCAAUAAAGAGGAAGAUGAGAAACUGGCAGAACAUAUAGCUUUUGUUCACAUGCAUAACAGGCAACCAGAUUUAAAUUUCACACCUAUAGAACCAUCCAAGAUGAGAGAAUACAUUGCUGUUGCUAAAACUAAGAGACCUGUAAUGAGCCAUACGGUCAAUGAAUAUGUAGUCCAAGCCUAUGUGAGGUUGAGACAAGACUCUAAGAGGGAGAUGGAUUCCAAAUUUUCAUUCGGUCAAGCUACGCCACGUACUCUAUUAGGUAUUGUACGUAUGGCACAGGCACUUGCUAAACUCCGAUUAGCAGAUUCUGUUGAUUUUGAAGAUGUCGAGGAAGCUCUUAGACUGAUCAAAGUAUCCAAGGAAUCAUUGUACCAGGACGAUAGGCGCAAGACUACAGAGGAUGAAAAUCCUAUCACCAAGAUCUUUACCAUUAUCAAGAAAAUGGCCCAAGAAUCAAGCGAACAGUACAAGAAAGCAUUGCCUUAUGAUACAAUCGUCAAAGUGGUACGUUCUCGUGGAUUCACCAUGCUGCAAUUAAACAACUGUAUUCAGGAGUACAGUUAUUUGAAUGUAUGGCACUUGAUCAACGAAGGUAGCGUCUUGAAAUUUGUCGACGAUGGAUCCAUGGAUGAAGGUAACGACGCUACACCUGAAGCUCCCGUGGGCUUGGCACAGGCUGCUCUGGCUCCAGACGCUGAAGACGCUGAAAUGCAGGAUUAA